AUCGCCGCCGCUUCUCUCGGCCCUUUUCCCCGGUUUCCCCAGUCGCAUGGUGCUUACCUUGGGCCGCCUUUCCCCGACUGCCGCUUAGCUGCCCCUCCUCCGAUCUGUCGACUUUUGGUGCUACCAGCUGGCACCAAGCUGUUUUUUUCUCUCUUUCUUUCUUUCUUCUCCAUCAUCAUCUGGCGAAUUUAUAAUCGACCGCUGCCUCGUCCUCUUCCCAUUUGAAUCAACCAUAGCGCAGCACAACUACACAAGAAACUUCUUCCAACUGCUCGGCUCUGUGACGUCAGACGCGCCAGCCCACCGACUUUCGCCCAACACACCUCCUACAGCCUCUGUAUCGCCAUCAUGGCGGACAUCAAUGUAGAAGAGGUGCUCAAGAAGCUUACAAUCACAGAAAAAGUCGAAUUGCUCUCUGGCAUCGACUUUUGGCACACCAAGGCCAUCCCCAAACACGGCGUCCCGUCUCUACGAUUCAGCGAUGGCCCCAAUGGCGUUCGAGGAACAAAGUUCUUCAAUGGCGUUCCUGCGGCUUGCUUCCCCUGCGGCACCGCCCUUGGCAGCACCUUCAACCAAGAGCUCCUCGAAGAGGCCGGUCGUACCAUGGGCAACGAAGCCAUUGCCAAGAGCGCACAUGUUAUUCUCGGCCCUACAAUCAACAUGCAAAGAUCACCCCUCGGCGGACGAGGAUUCGAGUCGAUAGGCGAGGACCCGUUCCUUGCUGGUCUCGGUGCAGCUGCGCUGGUUCGCGGCAUCCAAAGUACCGGUGUACAGGCUGCCAUUAAGCAUUUCCUCUGCAACGACCAAGAAGAUCAGCGCAUGGGUGUGCAGAGCAUUAUUACAGAACGUGCUCUUCGCGAAAUCUAUGCUUUACCUUUCCAGCUGGCAGUCCGCGACUCGCGUCCGGGCGCCUUCAUGACAGCCUAUAACGGCAUCAACGGCACAUUUUGCAGCGAAAACAGCAAGUACCUCGACGGCAUGCUACGAAAGGAGUGGGGAUGGGAAGGUUUGAUUAUGAGCGACUGGUACGGCACAUACAGCACGGUGGAUGCCGUCAAUGCUGGUCUCGACCUUGAAAUGCCUGGCCCAGCUCGCUUCCGUGGCGAGGCCCUUCAGUUCUGCGCAUCCACUGGCAAGCCAUUUGCCCACAUCAUUGAUGAACGCGCACGCGAAGUCCUCAAGCUUGUUAAGAAGUGUGCCAGCUUACCCAUCGAAGAACAAGGUCCCGAAAAGACGGUCGAUACACCUGAAACAAGAGCGCUUCUUCGAAAGAUUGGAAACGAAAGUCUCGUCUUACUGAAGAACGAUAACAAUAUUCUUCCACUAGCCAAAGAUAAAAAGACCCUUGUGCUCGGUCCCAACGCCAAAGAAGCAACAUACCAUGGCGGUGGCUCUGCUGCCCUCCGAGCAUACUAUGCCAUUUCGCCCUAUGAUGGCAUUGCCGAGAAACUUGGCAGCCAGCCGAACUAUACUGUUGGUGCCUAUACACAUCGUUUCUUGCCUAUCCUGGGUAACCAGUGUGCGGCGCCCAAUGGAGAGCCAGGUAUGCGCUGGCGCGUGUUCAACGAAGCCCCUGGGUCCGCAGAACGAAAACAGGUCGAUGAGUUGCAAUUUACAAAGACGGAGAUGCAUCUGGUAGACUAUGCCAACCCCAACGUUGCUGAUACCUGGUAUGCCGAUAUGGAGGGAUCCUUUGUCGCAGAUGAGGAUUGUGUGUAUGAGAUUGGUGUUGUCGUGUCUGGUACGGCCAAGGCCUACGUAAACGGCGAGAUGAUUGUGGACAAUGCCACCAAGCAGGUUGCCGGUGAUGCAUUUUUCGGUGCUGCUACACGUGAAGAGCGCGGCCGCGUAUCACUCAAAAAGGGUGAAACUGCCAACAUCAAGAUUGAAUUCGGCUCCGCACCGACCUUUACGCUCAAGGGCGAUGCCUACGUUCCCGGACACGGCUCGCUACGUGUUGGUGGGUGCAAGGUCAUUGAUGACCAGGAGGAAAUUGCAAAGUCAGUUGCGUUGGCCAAGGAGCACGACCAAGUCAUCAUCUGCGCUGGACUCAACUCUGACUGGGAGACGGAGGGUGCUGAUCGCGCAUCCAUGAAGUUGCCUGGCGUCUUGGACCAGUUGAUUGCUGAGGUUGCUGCCGCUAACCCCAAUACCGUCGUGGUUAUGCAGACAGGUACACCUGAAGAAAUGCCAUGGCUCGACAAAACGCCUGCUGUUAUCCAGGCUUGGUACGGUGGCAACGAGACUGGCAACUGCAUUGCUGAUGUUGUCUUUGGGGAUGCCAACCCAUCUGGCAAGCUCUCGCUCAGCUUCCCUAAGAGGCUUCAAGAUGUGCCUGCGUUCCUCAACUUUAAGACAGAAGCUGGCCGUACUCUCUACGGCGAAGACGUGUACGUCGGCUACCGUUACUACGAGUUUGCUGAUCGUGAGGUCAACUUCCCCUUCGGACACGGCCUCUCGUAUACGACCUUUAGCUUUUCAGAUCUUUCUGUAUCCUCUAGCGAAGGAAAGAUUAAGGCCGUACUCACCAUUACAAACACAGGCUCCAAGGAGGGAUCCGAGGUUGCCCAGCUAUACGUUCAGCCCAAGCAGGCUGCACGCAUCAACCGCCCAGUCAAGGAGCUCAAGGGUUUCGCCAAGGUGCAGCUCGCCCCUGGAGAGAGCAAACAGGUUACUAUUGAAGAGCUUGAAAAGUAUGCAUCUUCGUAUUGGGAUGAGGAGCGAGACCAGUGGUGUGUAGAACAGGGUGUAUAUGAGGUGGUUGUUAGUGAUAGUAGCAAGGUUACAGAGGGCAAGGCGCUUCGAGGAGAGUUUACAGUGGCAGAGUCAUAUUGGUGGUCUGGUAUUUAAGCAUCUUAUAGCAUUUUAUGUACAUUUUAGAUCUUUGUAUCUGUAACCAAUGUCUGUCUGAUUUUUGAUAG